AUGUUCCUGCACUUUGACGACUUGGAGCGCAUCAUGGAGAACUCCAGGGUCAUAGUUCCUGCCUCAAGCUCGCUGUGGGUCCACAUGUGCAUCAGAUUUCAGAAGAAGGCAUUGGAAAGGAUGAUGCACCUCGCAUCAGCUUUCAAGUAUGAAGACCCGCAGAUCAGAACACCUGCAGACAACAGCUUCAGAAUGACAGCGCUUCUCACGGCUAUCAAACCAGCAAGCCUCAAAGUUCUUGCUGUCUCCUUAGGAUAUCACACAUUUUACAUUAUUAUCCGUCUGGUGGCCAGAGAAGACAGGCCUCUAGCUAUCAAUGCGUAUUACGGGAUUGACACAUCCAACAGCCCCUUCUACGAAAUUAUCAAUUUAUCUCAGUUCCUCAUGACAACCGUGUGCUUCCCGCUUUUCUUCGGGUCCACCAGUCUGUACGUCUAUGUGGUGACGAUAGCCUGUAGUCAGCUAGAGAAGCUCAAAGCGGCCAUUUUGAACAUAAAUCAGAAAAGGGACAUGGAUGCCAAUUUCUACCAGGAGAAGGAAGAGAGACAAAUCCAAGUUCCACAGGAAAUGUUCCGUCACACACAAGAACAUCUGAACGACUGCAUUCGCCAUCACCAGCAAAUACUUGAACUCAUGAAUGCAUUGGAAGAGUCAGCGAGCACGAUUCUUGUGUGUCAUUUUCUCCUGAUACUGGGUGGCACGUGCUUUGCAGCCUUCUCUUUUGUCAUGAGUUUUGGUAAUCCAUUAAAUAUGGCCCAAUCGAUGUUGGUAUACGGCUCAUUUAUGUUACAACUCUACGCCUACUGCUGGUUUGGGAGCGAGCUGACUCGACUGGCAGAAAGCGUGAGGGAUGCGGCGUGGAGCUGCGACUGGGUAGGAUUGCCCUUAUUUAUCCAACGCCCUCUCGUCUUCAUCAUAGCCGUCGCUAACAAGGAGUUUACCCUCACAGCUGGGAAAUUCGUUCCAGUGUCCAGGACUACCAUGCUCAAUGUCAUCAACCAGACUGUCUCGUACGUCAUGUUUCUCAUGCAAGUCAGGAACAGAGAAGAAACAGUAUAA